AUGCCACGAAACCUAUCCCUUGAAUUUACCCUUCCGGAGCUCGACAGGCAACAAGAUUCUGACCGAUCGUUGAUGGGAAACGUGCCUGUGCGAAAUGCAGCUGUGUUGCCCUGGUACAAGUCCAUCUGGAUGCAACAAAACGAGGACUUCCCCGAAUAUGCCGAACGAGUGAUCUCGCAGUUUAUGGUAUUCACAGUGCCGAGCUACUUGCAGCACCACAUCACAGGCGGCGAACCUAAUAAACCCAAGAAAUUACACGACAUUGCCGCGCUCGAUGGUUUGCGAGGAUGGGCUUGUCUUCUCGUGUUCAACUUCCACUUCUUCUUUACAUAUACAUGGCAUACACACAUAGGGUGGGGCUUUAAUAAACAGUACUUUGGAUUGCAUCAGCUACCUAUCAUACACAUGAUUUUCUCGGGCCACAUCAUGGUCGCCAUAUUCUUCGUUAUUUCCGGUUACGUCUUGUCCUACCGACCGCUCAAGACAAUUAGAAGCGGAUCCUUCGACCAGACCUUCUCAGUGCUGUCAUCAGCGACUUUUCGACGUGGGUUUCGUCUUUACAUUCCCUCUAUUGUCGGCUUGUUUUGCGUUUUCAUAGCAAUUCGCCUAGGUUUAUACAACUAUUCGCGUUGGGUUGUGGACAAGGGCCGAACAGUUACGGGGACGAAUGAACAGCACCCGAUUAUUUUGAAAUCAACCUACAUACAGCUUUGGGACUGGUAUUGGACGUUGUGUCGGUUAAUGAACUUCUGGGACUGGGGUCUUUUCUAUAACAAUUACAACCCUCACCUCUGGACAAUCCCUGUCGAAUUUCGCAGCUCGAUUGUGCUCUUUCUCGUAAUUAUCGGCGUCAGUCGGUUCACAACAAGGAUACGACUGGGAUUAGAGUUUGCGAUAAUCUGGUUUUGCAUGCGCUGGGGUCGUUGGGACGUGGUGCUUUUCUUGAGUGGCUUGGUGCUCGCUGAAAUCGACUUGAUAAACGGUAUUUGGAAUACCAAUACCAACACUUCUAAACCUGCAUCUGCUCCAGAUUUGGAGAAAUCUGCCGGAACCACUCCUAUCCAACAUUUCGCCCGGCGUUGCCAUCGCGAAAUCUGGAUCGGCGUGUUCAUACUAGGGCUAUACAUCGGCUCAUCACCGAAUCUGGGCGUGUUGCACACCCCGGGGUAUGUUUGGCUUGGUAAACUCACGCCGAAGACGUACCCAGAGCCUCAUCGAUUUCCACAAACGAUUGGCGCAGUCCUGAUCGUCGCAAGCAUCAAUAAUUCCAAAACCAUUCAGAAACUCUUCGUGAACCCGCUUUCUCAAUACCUCGGACAAGUAUCCUACGCCUUCUACAUCGUGCAUGGGCCAAUCUUACACGGCCUCGGCUAUACGUUGAUGCACAAUAUCUGGAAAGUAACCGGCCGCGAGACGGCAUUCCAGUUCUGUUUCGGCGGUCUUAUUGGAUGGAGCAUUUGCCUACCCAUCGCGCUUUGGCUGGCGGAUAUCUUCUGGCGAGCCGUCGAUGUUCCCAGCGUCAAGUUUGCGCGUCAGUUGGAGAGUAGACUGCUAGCUAAGUUCCAGGCGUCUUCGUAA